AGCAUCAACAAGAUGGGUUUGAAAUAUCUGACCUCAAAGAAAGGUCUCAUGACAACGCUUGCCUAUCUAUUGAAAGGUUCGUUCAUGCAAGAAAAAAUUGUUACCACCUAGUAUUUCAACUGUUCUGUAAGGUGUUUUUAGGAUAACAUUGAUCGUGAUUUUUUACCUUAGAUGAAACCGAUGCUGAUUUGCGCUUAUCUUGUAUCAAGUACGUUUCACAUUUUCACUUCUGCGGUAUAAUUCAAUAUGUGUGUUCAUGCCCAAUCUACCUCAUCCAGAGGCAUGGUACACAAAUAAGUUUUUUUGUGAAGGAAAAGUCGGAGGACCCAAAGAAAAACUCCUCGAAGGUCAGGGGAGAAGCAACCACAACUCUUUUUACAUGAGUUUUGAAACACAAGGAAUUAAGAUACAAUGAGUUUUGAAGCCGCAUGGGAGAUACCUCAACCAAAGUAAAUAUCCUGGCUUAAAUUAACUUGGUGUUAAAGGGCAGUGCCGCUAAAGGUCAGAUGCUCGUGUUUUUCCAUUUCAUAGAUAUGUUUAAAUAAUUUCCUUGUAGUUGUAUUCAGUCGUUGAUAACGGAACCGGACAAUCCUUCGCUUGGACAUGAACUUAUGGAGAUGGUAUGAACAUUUUUAAUAUUGAACUGCCUGUCAGUGUAGGCAAUGGCAAAAAUAAGAAAGCUUCAGAUUGAUAGGGAUACAACUACCUGAAAAAUACAAGGAGAACUUCGACGUUUCGAGCGAAGGCUCUUUAUCAAAGACCUUACUAACUUCGCGAUGUUGGGUCUUCACUCAAAACGUCGAAGUCCUCCUUGUAUUUUUCAGCUAGUUGUAUCCCUAUCAAUCUGAAGAUUUCUUAUGAACAUAUUUUACUUUUCACAAUCGUACUUUCAUUAUUCGAUCUCUUGAAGAUGUUCUUCAAUUUCAAAUUUGGGUAACGGAAAUUGUAGGUUAAUUUUGUGGAGGUAAGCCCCCCCCCCCCCAAAAAAAAAAACCUGAAGAAAGAUCUCCAGGUGAGAGUGAGGGCCCUCACUCUUAUACACAUGCAUAGUGACUUUUAUGUCCGCGAGCCAGGCUUGGUAACCUGACCGAGAGAUGCGAAGAAUUAGACGCGGCGGAAAAUUUUCCAACUGACGUGCCAGGGUAUACAAAAAGUGUAUUUUGCGUUUUUAGGUUUCAAUCAGAAAGCUUCAAGAAUAUGCAGAUUUAUCCAAAGGGGAGGUUAGAGAUGAACUUUUAAUAAUAAUAUAAUGCUAAUGUAUAUGUAAGAUUAAUAUGUUACUUUAUUUUACAAGGGAUGACUGUUCUAGCAACUGUUAAAUGCUUGCUCAACGACAUACUUUUCUAACUGAUGUAAAAUGUAUUUAUCCUUUACUGUCUAUUCUAGUUAAAGAAAGUGACAUUGGAGUUAAUUUCUGAUCUAACAGAAGUACUUUAUCGGCGGUCUCAACCUUAAAGAUUCUGGACCACUCAUGGUAGGAUUGUUCUAAUUUUUUGAUAUUCAAAGUAGUCGUACCGGUAUUUAAGCGAUGUUCAAUAUUUUUAUGGGAAAGUUUUAUUUAGGAGAAACAUUGACACAUAUAGUAGUACAUAAUAUAUUGGAGUUGUUGAUAUUAUUUAUAAAAGGGAAAUAUGUUACGUAUACGGUUGUAAUAUUUGAAUACGUUUUCGGUAUCCGGCUUUACAUGCGCAGUACCGCUCACGAUAUAACCUAAUAAAGACCGUGGUGUAAAUGUGCAGUUGAUCUUUGGGUCAACGCCAAUAGAUCACCUCAGCUGAAUCGUAACUAAAGCGCAUGCAGCUUCAGCGCAACCGAACUAUAGCUUAACCGCAACAGAAUAUCAACAAACCGCGCAAAACGCUGCCGAACCACAACUACAUCGCGAACGCACAGCAGUAUUAACCAGAGUUGCAUCACGUUUUUAUUCAUUUAUAUAUGUCACUA